ACUCUUUUUAGUUGGAGAUACGGAAGUCGGAUCAGCCAAUGCAGCCGAAACAAAAAAUGUUGUCGUUUUUUAUAAAAUCGACGAUAUUUGUGUGGUAUACAGUAGCCAUACAUUCCAGUGAAAGUGAUGAGACUGAGCAAAGAUUACAACUGACAGAUCAAACAUCCGAAUUGACGAAUCUUUUCUGGUUUGUUCAGGUUACAGAUAUCCACAUCAGUAAAUUCUCAGCUUUUAGUAGAGCUCCUGAUUUGAAAAAGUUUUGUCUGACACAUAUAACAAAUAUACAGCCAGAUUUUGUUAUAGUUUCAGGAGAUUUAACUGAUGCAAAGUACGCAGAUAAACGAGGAUCUAAACAGUUUAUAGAAGAGUGGAAGCUCUAUCAGAAAACUGUCAAUGAUUGUAAACAAGCAUAUGACACAACAUGGUAUGAUAUCAAAGGAAACCAUGAUGCAUUUGAUGUGCCAGGAGAUUUUGACAAGAGGAACUUGUUUAGGAAGUAUUCUGAACAAGGUUGGACACACCCUUCAUCUUAUUCCUUUACACAUGCAAAGCCUUAUGGGAACUAUACAGUCAUAGCAAUGGAUGCAGCACCCAUUCCUGGACCUCGUAGACCAUUCAAUUUCUUUGGCUAUAUGAAUAAGGAAAGGAGGACAAAGUUACAAGAUUUAUCACAACAGGCAAUGAAUUCUAGCAAUAUGACCCUAUGGUUUGGCCAUUAUACUACAUCACUUAUUGUAGAUGCUGAGGAAAGCAAUGUCAGAAAUUUAAUGAAGGAUGCAGCUUAUUACCUUUGUGGACAUCUUCAUACCCUGAAUGGUUUACUGACCAGGAUGUACACAAGACAUAAUACAGGGACAAUAGAACUAGAACUGGGUGAUUGGAGGGAUAACAGAUUAUACAGAGUAUUAGCUAUAGAUAAUGAUAUGUUGUCAUUUACUGAUGUAAAGUAUGGAGAAUGGCCUGUUGUCCUAAUUACUAACCCCAAAGAUGCUUUGUUUACGUCCUCUAAAGAACCAACUUAUAGAAUGAAAAACUCAACUUAUAUAAGAAUACUGGUAUUUUCUACAGCUAAGAUCCAGUCAGUUGAUGUAUACAUUGAUGACAAAUGGAUUGGACUAGCACACCAUGUUAAGGGACCUCUGUAUGCACUUAAAUGGAAUCCAGCUAGCUAUCUUCAUGGAUUACAUUCCAUUAAAGUCACAGUACAGGAUUCAGUCAACAUAUUGAAGACAGUAAAACAAGACUUUUCAUUGGAUGGUACAGUGACAUCUUUUUCUUUUCUAGCCAGAAUGGUUCUUACAAACAAUAUAUACUACUUUACCCAGUGUAUAUUCUGGAUGUUGAUACUGAUUUAUAUUGUCCUACUUCUUAUGUUGAGGUUAUUACAGAACAUUCAGGUCAUGUUUAUACAAGGUCAGAAUGUUAUAACUAGAAAUAUAGGACACUUUAUCAAUAUCUGGUUAUUGAGGUUAUGGCUGGUGACUAAGAUUAAGUCUUUAUACUGGCUGUUUACACUGUUUACAUUGUAUGUAGCAAUAGGUCCCUGGUUUAUAGCAGAUGUGUUAGAAGGAGAAGUAGGAGUAUUAUUUGUCUGGGGAUUAUAUGUCAAAGGGACACUACUACCAGGCUGUCUAGCAUAUCUGUAUGGUACAUUUCAUAUUGUGCUGUUUAAUAUUCCACUACUAUUAAUGACUGGAUACAUUAUUCAUUAUACAAGACAGAUGUCUCAGAAACACCAUAUACCAAGGUUCCACAAACUUAAACAUAUAUAUAUACCAUUUCUGUCUCUAGUCAUUGUUAAUACUUUAAUAGCUAUUACCGAGUUUCCAGCAGCUUAUGGAAGCAAAGCAAUGAUACUGGGUCCUGUUCGAACUGGAUCUAUAUUUCUGUCCUUUGUAGCAUACCAUUUAGCUCAGAAGCAUGCAUUAGCCAUCCCAGCAUUUCAUAAAGUCGAAAAGGAUUAGUUUCAGAAGCAUACUACAUAUACUGUGGAUUCAUUGUUUCAUUGGGUACCAAUUUUCGUGGAUUUUGUGGUUACGGGUGAACCACGAAAUUUACUGUUCAACAAAUACCAAAUUUUCUAAAGGCUUUUAUGUAGACUUUGGCAAAAUCAUGAAAUUAAAUAUCCUCUAACAGUUUUCCUAAAUCCAUGAAAAUUGGUACCCUAGAAAAUAAAUGAAUCCACAUUAAAUUUCCGGUGAAUGAUUUAUUACUCAGGAUUUAUCUUACAAAAGCAUGUACCGUUAUUUAUUUAUUUAUUUAUGACUUUUUAUAUGUAUGCCAAUUGUCGGAGCCAUAGAGUUAUUGCCCUUCUGAGAUUUAAGAAUUUUUUACUCAGUUUUUUAUCCAACUUUGUGAUAAUGUCUCUUUUAAUGAUUCAUUAGCAGUAAAUUUUUAAAUCCUUGUAUACAAAUGCCACCAUGCAUGUGUUUAGUCAAGGAAAUAUUUAGUGAUUUAAAGCUUCACAUUAUAAUUGUCUAUUAGUAAAAACUGACCUGGAGAAAACUCAUCAUAGAUACCAGGAUCAAAAAUUUGUAUGUAUGUCAGAUGCACCUUUUGAUUACAAAAAAGUAUAAAAGGCCAAAUUAGGUACAAAUUUGAAGAGCAUUAAGGACCCUACAUUCCAAUCUCUUUAUUUUUCUGAUUUGCUACCUCACUGAUUAAUUAUUAAUACCUCAUAUCUCUUUGUAUUCAAAUAUGUAUAUUGGAAUUUCCAGUUCACUUGAGUUUUCCAGAAAUGAAGGUACUUGUUCUGCUAAGCAAACAUGUUGAUAUAAAAACUAACAUGGACGUUAUAAGGGACAGAUAGAACCCUAAUAGGGUAAACUCAUUGGUCAAUUUUAAAACAGUCAUUAUAUUAUCAAAAUUUGAGAAUUAGAUUUAAGUAUUUAGUUAUUCUAAUUUUCAUCUGAGUUGAGGUAUUUGUGAUUAUCAUUAAGUAAAAAUUGUGAUUCUUUUGGUUUCUAGUAUAUUUGUUUAUGAGUAUGUAAAUACUUCUUCUAGACAGAACAGAAUUUUAUCUGUCAGAUUUCACAGCAUUAUGAUACAUUGCAUUUACCUUAAAGUGUUCAAAUAUGAUUUUGAGCAUUACAAACAAAUAUUUCAAAAUUGUAUAAAUAUUAUUUAAAGACUAUUUAUUGUCCUGCCACAAGAUUCACUUUAGACGGCCAUUUUACAACUGGAUGUUAAGUUUCCAUUAACUAGUCAUCAUCUGUGAUAUUUGUUAUUGUAAAUGUUAUGUAAUUUAUGGAUAUUUUAAUAAAGUGGUUGAAGGUAAUGGUUUUAUGUUUUGGAAGUCAGAAC